AUGCCUAGUUCGGUUCGGCCUCUGUUGACUGUGUGGAAAGAGAAUAACCUCGAGCAUCUAGCGCAAAUCGCUGACAAAAUGUUGGAAACGGUUAAUUCGAACUCCACCAACAUGAUAGCUACACACGGGGCUGAGUCGUAUGCUCAAGCUCCCGCAGUUAAUGCCAUAGCUAACGAGAAUACCCCAUUAACAGAAAUCGCUAGCACUCUCAAAUCACUUGCCGUUGCUGUUAAACAACUUCAAAGUGAUGUCAAAAUUUUGAAACGAAAUCCAUCUCAACGAUCAUCAUCCAAGGGUCGUUCUCCUAGCCGUAAUACACCAAGUACUAGUGACCAAGCUGAAGCUGCUCAUUUCCUCGUGGAUUCGGGCUCACUGGUUUCUGUCAUUCCACGUAACCUCGUCAAGACGGCAGUUAAAUCAAAAUCACUUCAACUCUAUGCAGCUAAUCAAACAGCAAUUCAAACCUACGGAAACCAUGUGUUACAACUGGAGCUGGGAUUGCGACGAGCAUUUAGUUGGCCGUUUAUCAUAGCCGACACACACACAGCUAUAAUCCGUGCUGAUUUUUUGGCACGAUGCAAUUUAUUGAUUGACUUGAAUCAACAGCAACUCAUCGACAAAACCACUGGCCUCACUACAAGCGGCAAGUUGUCAGACACCAACGAGUUCGGCAUUUCCACGAUAAACGAUGCCAACGAUUUUAGAGGUCUACUGACACAAUUUGUUGACAUAACUAAAACAACACGUAAGUCUAACGAAGUAGAGAGUAGUCAUUCUGUUAUGUAUUACAUACAGACAAAAGGCGCUCCUAUCGCCGACCGCGCUCGACGCCUAGCUGGUGGCAAACUUGUUUGUACCAAACGUGAAAUAAUUUUUCUCCUCGAACAAGGUAUUUGUCGUCCUUCAAAAAGCCCGUGGGCUAGUCCACUACAUAUGGUGGAGAAAAAGACUGGCGGAUGUCGCGCAUGCGGCGUUGCUGAUCGUUACCCGAUUUCCCACAUCCACGAUUUUUCGGAAAACUGCAUGACGACAUUCUCGUCAUGUCGAACUCGGCAAACGAACACCGAACAUCUUCGUGAAGUGUUUUCAGUUCUGCAGCAACAUGGCUUGACUAUCAACGCCAACAAGUGUUACUUCGGCAAACUAGAGGUGGUAUUUCUACGGCCGCCCACCGAACGCAUAGAAGCUAUCAAAACUUUUAACGAACUCAGUCGGUUCCUUGGUUUUAUUACCGAAGAUGCAUUCNGCAUAGAAGCUAUCAAAACUUUUAAGCCACCAGACACAGUCUGCGAACUCAGUCGGUUCCUUGGUUUUAUAAAUUAUUACCGAAGAUGCAUUCCUCAUGCUUCGGAACUACAAUCUCGGCUGAAUGAAUACACGCGCGGCAUGCGAAAAAACGACAGACGCAAAGUAAACUGGUCCUCCGAGACACUUAAGGUAUUUGAGGAUUGCAAACGCAGCUUAGCUAAUGCUAAAAUGCUUGCACACCCGGCCCCUGAAGCCAAGUUAGCAUUGGUGUGUGACGCGUCCGACGCAGCAAUCGGCGCAGCAUUAGAGCAAUUUUACAACGACACAUGGCAGCCCUUGGGGUUUUACUCACGAAAACUAAACAACGCUGAGAAGAACUACAGCACAUAUGAUCGUGAGCUGUUAGCUAUCUACGAUUCUAUACGCUAUUUCAAACACAUGUUGGAGGCUCGUGUUUUCGUCAUCAAAACAGACCAUAAGCCACUCAUACACGCUUUUUCCCAGAAGCCAGAGAAAGCAUCUCCGCGCCAGUUGCGGCAUUUAGAUUUUAUCUCGCAAUUCUCCACCGCGAUUAUGCACAUAGCUGGAAACACCAACACCGUGGCAGACGCUCUGUCACGUAUUAACGCCAUAUCGAUGCCCUCCAGCGUAAACUCUGCAACAUUCGCUGAAGCUCAAUCAAAGGACAGCGAGUUACCUACACUUCUGCACGGAAGUACAUCACUCAAGCUGCAAGUAAUACAUCUCGAGGACAAAAGCAUUUACUGCGAUGUAUCUACUGGAUAUGUGCGUCCGUAUAUACCCGAAGAGCUUCGAUACCAAGUAUUUGCAUCGGCACACACUUUGUCACAUCCCAGUGGUAGAGCUACACUACAACAACUACGAUAA